GAACCACGGCUGAGUCUGUCUGUACUAAACUCGGAUGUUCCCACCACACUGGUUGACAUGCAACGAUUGACGGUCAAGCAUACUCCCUUGUUUCCGGCCUAUCAGCAGCUUCAGAAACGAUACCAUGCAUGGCUGGAUGCCAAGUUUGAAGACGAACUCGCCGCCUAUGUUUCAGAGCAACCGCGCUCUUCUUCUUCCGAUACCCAUCCUCAUUGGAGGCGUCAUUCGAUUUUUCAUCGUAGUGACAGUAUUGCUCCCAUGGUCCAAAACCUGCUUGAUGACCUGCGGAAAAUCCCGGCUCGCAUGCGUGAAGCUUAUAUAAGACAGUGGCGUCGAUGGUUGAUUCGCUACGCCGUCGCACUGAUCAAAUAUGUGGAUGAAGAAAUGUACGUUCAUGGUCUACAAAAAAUCACAGAUCUCUCAUCUUUUUGGUUUCUAGACCGUCGGGUAUCCUUCAUGCUUCAGCCGAGCAUGAUAUCAUUCGCCCCAUCAUGCAAGCCCUAG